AUGAACGAAGAAGAAGACAUUUGCAGAGUUUGUCGAAAUGGAUCAACACCAGAUAACCAACUAUCGUAUCCCUGCAAAUGUAGUGGAUCCAUAAAAUUCAUACACCAAGAUUGUCUCUUGGAAUGGAUCAAACAUUCAAAGAGUUCUUCAUGUGAACUAUGUGGAUACCCUUUUAGAUUUACUCCUAUUUAUUCUGAUAAUACACCAGAUAUAUUACCAUUUAAAGAAUUAUCAGUAGAAGUAUUAAAGAGAUCAUUUAAAUUUCUAAAGAGAUUUGCUAGAAUUAGCUUUUCAUUUAUGUGUUUUCUCGUUAUGAUCCCAGCAUUGACAUGCAUCACAUUUCAUCUCUUUUUUGGGAUGUCUACUAAAAAGAUGUUGCCCUAUACAAUCUUUAACUCGUUUUUGAUUGGUGUAACAUUGUACUUUUUCAUCAUUGCAACAUCAUUCCUCAGUUAUAUAUUCCUAACCUUUUUAAAUGGAAAAUUGAUUGAAUUGGAAAUCGAAGAACCUACAACUACAGAACAAGAACAACAAGUACAAGAUGAUGAUGAAGAAGAUGAAGAAGAGGAUGACGAUGACGAUGAUGACACUGAAGAAGAUAUAUUAUAUGAUCAAGAUCAUAUUUUUGAUAAUGGAUUGGAACAACAAAUGAAUCAACAACCUGCCAUUCCUGCUCAUAUUCCUCCUCCUCCUCCACCUGCUCCACAACAACAACAACAAGGAGAAGUAAGACAUAUAUUUAGAAUACCAGGUGUUAUUGAAAUCCUUGGUGUUCAACAACAAGACAUUCCUCUAAAUCCAGAGGCAGUACUAGAAAAUAAUAAUAUUGUAGUCAAUGAACAUGAUGAUGGAGAUGAUAUAGAAACUUUAAUUGGAUUAAGAGGACCAAUAUCAGAUGUUAUCCUACGCACCGCAUCAUUUGCGAUUUACAACUUUAUAUUUUUGUUAAUAUUUUUAUAUCUCCCCUUCCAAAUUGGCAAACAAGCAAUAUUAGUAAUCUCACAAAUAGAUACUGGUAUUGGUGGAUUCAAACUAAGUCAACUAACUGAAGGAAUAAUUAAUUUAUUCAUUGGUUAUUCUAGUCUUGCUUUAGUAUCUUUAUACAUUUUGUCUGAAUGUAUUAAACACAAGAUUGCAUACAAGAUAUCAAGAUUAUUAUAUUCAUUUAUUAAAAUUUCAAUGAUUUUCUUUAUCGAAUUGGGAAUUAUUCCAUUCCUUUUUGGUGUUGCAUUAGAUUUAUUAACUUUACCAUUAUUUGGUGGAAAUUUGGAAUCAAGAAUGAAUUCAUUUACAAAUAACAAGAUACAAUAUAUAUUAACAAGAUUGGCAUUUGGAUUGUUUUCAAUCAUUGGUAUUUCAUCGUCAUCCAGGGUUUUACAUCAAAUAUUUAGACCAGAGGUUAUUUGGUUCCUCAAGGAUUCUGCCGAUCCCGAUUUCUCAUUGGUCAAGUUCCUCAUCAAGGCAAAACUACAUCAUAUAUUCUUUAACAUUUCCAUGGCAUUUUUAACCUAUGUCAUUAUUGGAUUUUUAAUCAUCUUUUUACCUUUAAAAGUCCUAAGUUUUGUUCCUGAUCUAUUACCAAUGGAUUUUGGUGAUAUAUUUAAUAAGUUGGGUACUGAUAUUUGUUUAAUCGUAUCAACAAGUUAUUUCCCAAGAUUCCAUCCACAAUUUACUUUUAAUUCUUUUAUUAAAACAACAUUUACCUUUUUUGUUACCAAAUUAGGUUUAGAUGAUUACAUGUUGAUACGAAAACCUACAACAACCAAUACAACAAACAAUACAACUGAACCAGUACAACAACCAGAAUAUAAUUAUCAACCACCCGAUCAACAACCUGAACAACAACAACAACCUGAACAACCGCAACCACAACAACAACAACAACAAUCUCAACCAGAAUAUAUUAAACCAAAUAAUUAUGGGUACAAAGUAAUCAUAUUUAUGGUAUUUUGUUGGUUUGAAUUGUUUUGUGCAUCACUUUUGGCAUUAAGUAUACCAGUUAGUAUUGGAAGAUAUCUAUUUAGCCUUGUACAAUUUACCUAUCAUAAUGACACUGUAUCACUAUUUGUUGGUUUGGCAGUGUUGUGGCUUGUAACCAAGGGUAUCAGCACCAUCUUUUCAGGAAGAACAUCGGUCGAUCAUUUCUUUUCAAAGAUUCCAAAUGUAUUGAAACUAGUCUUGAUGAUUGCCAUCUUUACAGUAGCCCUCCCUCUUCUUAUUGGUCUAGUAUUUGAAUUGGUCGUCAUUAUACCAUUAAUUGCAAAUUAUGAUGAAUCAUAUUAUAUUUUUGUUAUAGAUUUAUUUAAUAUUUGGGGAAUUGGAGUUUUAUUAUUAAACUUUUGGUAUCAAUGGAUUACAUCGAGGGCACCAAUGAAUAAUAUUAGAAAUCGUAGACCACCUGAAGAUGAAUUGAUUCCACACCAAAAUGGGGAACAAGAUCAACAGGGUGAUGGUGAUAGAUGGAUGGACAGAUUCAACCAACUCAAACGAAAUGGAUUUAUGGGUAUCGACCUUUGGUUUAGUUUACAAAAGAUUGUAUUCCCAAUCGUUUACUUUUUAUUGAAGCUCCUCACAGUUCCCUACUUUAUAUCAAAGGGCGUUGUUCCAUUCUUUGGAGGAAGUCCCAUUCUAGAAAACAUUACGUUUAUCUAUGGCUACCCAGUAUUUGUUUUCCUUCUCGCCUCGGAAAUACUCUACUUUAAACUCAAGAAAUCAGUUAUACACUUUCACAAUAUCAUCAGAGAUGACAGAUAUCUUAUUGGAAAACAUUUACAUAAUUUGGAACAACAGCGUCAACAACAUCAUUAA